CUGCCUCCAGCCGGCGCCCGUUCGCCAGCCGCGCUCGGGCCUGCGCCUCCUUCCGCCGUUACCGCGGCAACGCCAACGGCGGCGGAGCGGGGAGCGCGGGCCCGGCGGCAGGAUGAUGCUCUCCCGGGCCAAGCCGGCCGUGGGGAGCGCCCCGGCGGCGGGAGACAGGCGGAGGAAGAAAGGGAAGAAAGUGCCUCAGCUGGAAGAGCUCCUGGCCCUCCGAGACUUCACCGGCGCCAUCGCCUUGCUGGAGUUUAAACGGCAUGCGGGUGAGCAGGCGGAGGACGCCGACCUCUGGAUCGGGUACUCUGCCUUUCAUUUGGGUGACUACAAGAGAGCGCUAGAGGAAUAUGAGGCCUUGACCAAACAACCAGCUUGCAAUCCUGAUGUUUGGGUAAACCUAGCAUGUACCUACUUCUUCCUGGGGAUGUAUACACAAGCUGAACAAGCAGCCUUGAAAGCACCUAAGAGUCGUCUCCAGAACCGUUUACUCUUUCACCUGGCACAUAAGUUCAGUGAUGAGAAGAAAUUGAUGAGCUCUCACCAGAAUCUGCAAGACAUUACAGAAGAUCAGCUUAGUUUGGCAUCUAUCCACUACAUGCGGUCCCACUACCAAGAAGCUAUUGAUAUCUACAAGCGCAUUCUUCUUGAUAAUCGGGAGUACCUGGCUCUGAAUGUAUACGUGGCCCUAUGCUAUUAUAAACUGGACUACUACGAUGUAUCACAGGAAGUGCUAGCUGUUUAUCUUCAGCAGGUUCCUGAUAGCACCAUUGCUCUUAACCUUAAGGCUUGCAACUAUUUCCGACUUUACAAUGGGAAGGCUGCUGAGGCAGAGCUCAAGAACUUGACAGACAGUGCCUCAUCAUCUUUUGAGUUUGGCAAGGAACUCAUUAAGCACAAUCUGGUUGUGUUCCGAGGAGGAGAAGGGGCUUUGCAGGUCCUGCCUCCUCUGGUUGAUGUUAUUCCUGAGGCGAGACUGAAUCUUGUGAUUUAUUAUCUCCGGCAAGAUGAUGUGCAGGAGGCUUAUAACCUGAUUAAAGACCUGGAACCUACAGCUCCACAGGAGUACAUCCUCAAAGGAGUGGUAAAUGCAGCUCUUGGACAAGAAAUGAUUUCGAGAGAUCACCUGAAAAUUGCUCAGCAGUUCUUCCAGUUGGUGGGUGAAUCAGCCAGUGAAUGUGAUACCAUUCCAGGGAGACAGUGCAUGGCCUCCUGCUUCUUUCUUCUUAGGCAGUUUGGUAAUGUCCUGAUUUACCUUAACUCAGUCAAGAGUUAUUUCUACAAUGAUGACACUUUUAACUUCAACUACGCCCAAGCCAAAGCUGCCAUGGGCAAUUUUAGUGAAGCUGAAGAGGUGUUCCUUUUGAUCCAGAGUGAGAAGAUAAAGAAUGAUUUUGUUUACCUUAGCUGGCUAGCUCGCUGCUAUAUUAUGAAUAAGAAACCACAGUUGGCCUGGAAGCUCUAUCUGAAGAUGGAGACCUCAGGGGAGUCCUUUAACCUUUUGCAGCUCAUUGCAAAUGAUUGCUACAAAAUGCGUCAGUUUUACUAUGCAGCCAAAGCAUUUGAUGUUCUGGAGAGACUGGACAGUAAUCCUGAAUACUGGGAAGGCAAGAGAGGUGCUUGUGUUGGUGUCUUUCAAAUGAUCUUAGCUGGCCGAGAAGCAAAAGAGACUCUACGGGAAGUACUGCACCUUCUGAGAAGCACCGGCAAUUCUCAAGUAGAAUACAUUAUUCGCAUUAUGAAAAAGUGGGCCAAGGAGAACCGAGUCCCUGUCUAAGCCAGUGUCAUAAAAUGAACCGUGUCGAUUACUGUUUUGUUUGUGGCUGUAAGAUGUGAGUCUUGGUUUCUCCUGUGCAUUCUGGGUAUUUCCUUCUUUGCAGGACUUUAGGACAUCAAGCAGGUUAACCCAGCUGAGUAAUGGUGUAGUUCAGUGAGACUGCAAAACAUUCAGCAAGUGCUUUUUUUCAUUAAAGUAUGAUUGGUACUUUUCCUGUUGUACCAAUCUCUAUUUCCACAUUCUAAGUUUCUCAGGUUUUUUUAGUAGUCAUUCCAACAGUCCACAAAUCAAAGUGUUAUUCAGGUGUUCCCCAGAUUUCUCUGCACAAGUUACUGGAGUGCUUUGUGGUUUUUGAAAAGUAAGUCUUCUGGCCUCUAGAGAAGAAUAAUUUGUUAAAUGACUGAGACAAGUCUACUUCAGCAAGUGAUGGAAUGUGGCAAGUAGAAAGCAUGAUUGUGACAACCAAAAUAGGAUAUCUGGUAACACGUAAAGAAUGAACAUAUAUUACCUGCCUGGAGUAAAAUACAAACCAUAUUUUGAGCACUGUCCUUUUCUGGAUAAAUCUCAACAACUAAAAACUUCUCUUUUAUUUUUGUCUGUAAGGAUUGUUUUCUCUCUUACUAUUAAUUCUGAAGAUGCGGGUUAAUCAAUGCCAAAUGCCAAGAUUCAGAAUGGCUUACUUGUUUUCUAGGUUAGUAACAAAGCAUCUUUUUCAGGGCACGGAGGUUUGACUUACUGGAUUGUUCCAUCUUGCUUUGAGAUUUGACUCAAAACUCAAAAUCAACACUCAAAACAUUUAUCCAUGUUAAUGUAAUUCAUGUGAGUAAUCCAUUUAGUUUCAUAGUCUUAUGGAUAAAGGAACUGUUUAGAAUCAUUUUCUUCAGCUUUUACCACCCUAGUUACAAAUAUAUUUAUUAUCCUUUUGGAGAUAAUUACUCUCAUGUGCUCUAAGGAGAGCAGUUAGGAAACACACAAUUCUAAAAGAAGGCAACAGUUGUAACAUAGAAAUGUAUUAUAUGGUUUGCAGUGAAAAACAUUUGUAUUUUUUUGUAAAAACAAAAUUUGCAAUUUGUAAAUUUGUAAAAUACUUCUGAAGUAUUUUUGUAUCGGGGAGGAGUUUGAGUACAGUAAUCUCUGCUGUCUGUGCUUUAAUUAAAGCUUUUAAUUGAAUCUGC